AUGCUAGAUGAUUCGGAACGGGCUGUCUUGAUGAUGUUGCAAGAGCCAGCAGGUAAGUCAUCACAAGACUUCAAUCGAUGGAUUACAUCCGACACGCAAUCCUGCGUGAGCAUCACGAAGUAUAUCGUCAAUGCACGUUGCGGCAUUUUUUCAUCAUCGCAGUGUAUGGUGAAUAGGCUCGGAAUCUUCCUGAGACUCAGCAAACCUCCUACUGGCCACGCAUCCGAACACUUCCGUCGAGGGUUUGAGCAGCUUAUUCCAGGACCCUUGUGCACAACAUUGCGCCAUCUAGGACUUUCUACGGCCGCAGCCUCGGCGUUCCAGCCUUGCGUAUGCAUGUUUACAGUUCCCUCACUGGCCCUACCUGCAGAUCAUGCUUACCAUACCCCGGACUCACCGGAUUUCGGGACCAUCUGA